UAGAUGUUUGAUUUGAUAUUUUUGGGGGAAAAAAAUUGGAUGAAUAGUGAAAAUCUAUCAAAAUCCUUCAAACAAACACACCCAUAGUGUAUUAGUGUAUAUAUAUAUAGACGUAAUGCGUAGAGUUAACUAGAAGCUAUGCAAUGCAAGCGUAUCUAAGCUUCAUACAUUGAUGGACCGUGGGCUCCAGGAAUACGUGACACGUGGCGAUGUCUCGAAGCUUCGGAAGCUGGUGGAGCAAGACGGGAGCAUCCUCCGGCAGACGGUCCCGGGAUCUCUCAACACUGCACUGCACUUGGCUGCAAGGUUCGGGCACCUGGAAUUGGUGCAGGAGAUCCUCAGGACCUUCCCUGAAAUGGCUUCCAUGGAGAAUGCAGAGCUGGAGACGAGCCUACACGUGGCCUGCAGAGAAGGUCACCUGGAGAUCGUCCGCCUCCUGCUGGAAACAGAUCCAUGGAUGGCCUACAAACUCAAUUCUCGAGACGAGACUGUCCUCUUCUCCGCCUGCGAGAGAGGAAGGACGCAGAUCGUCCAUCAUCUCCUCAAAUUCCCCAAUCUCCUCGUCCUCGAGCUCGACAUGGCCACAACUUCACUUCAUGUAGCAGCUUCAUCUGGCAACACAGAAAUAGCGAGGCAGAUCCUGGAAUCGCGUCCGGACUUCGCCUGGAAGAAGAACUCCCAAGGUUGCACUCCUCUGCACGUGGCCUGCAGCAAGGGGCAUUUGGACAUGGCGAGGGAGCUUCUCAAAUUAGACUCCGAUCUCUGCCUGGAAUGCGACGACGAAGGCCACACACCUCUCCACUCCGCAGCAGGCCGAGGUCGGAUCAACAUAAUCGACGAGAUACUCUCCAUCAAUCUCAAAUCAUCCGAAAUCACGACGCACAAAGGCCAAUCCAUUCUCCACCUCGCAGUCAAGUACAAUCAGUUUGAAGUUGUCAGAUAUCUAACGCAGGCUCUCGACACUACCAGCCUUCUCAACGUGCACGACAACGACGGCAACACAGUCCUCCACUUAGCCACCGCAGGAAAGCUCACAGCCAUGGUUGUGUAUCUUCUCGAGGUUGGAGUUGAAGUAAAUGCCCUGAACAGGAAGGGAUACACAGCUCUAGACGUAAUCGAAGCCGAUGCCAGCAAUUCCGGCGCGCUCGCAAUUAUUCCGGCGCUGCUGGAGAAAGGAGCCAAGAGAUGCGAUCAAUUGUCCCCUGGACUGACAGGCAUCCCACAAGGAAUACAGAGUAAAUCUGCAUCCAGGCAUAACCGGCCUACUCCCAACCAAAUUUCUCCAGCGCGCCAUAGCCACAGGCAUCACCGGAGCAACAACAGGGAAAGGAAGCUGGAGCUACAGAACGAGGGGAUUCGAAAUGCUCGAAAAACUGUGACCAUAGUGGCUGUCCUGGUCGCGACCAUUACAUUUGCAGCGGGGAUCAAUCCGCCAGGCGGAUUCGAUCAGCAAAACGGGAAGGCGCUGAGGGGAAACCGCGCGGCGUUUAAGGUCUUCUUGGUGUGCAACAUUGCUGCUCUGUUCAUAUCCAUUUGCGUCGUCAAUGUCCACGUAAGCAUCAUCCCCUACACGAGGAAGACGAUGAUGAAGUUGCUGAGCUGGACGCACAAGGCGAUGUGGCUGUCCACGCUGUUCAUGACAGCGGCUUAUAUAGCCGCGAUUUGGACAAUCAUGCCGGACACUAAGUCCUCGCGCCAUGUGCUGGUCGAAUUGGCGCUGAUCGGAGGAGGAUGUUCGGUGAUUGUGUUUGUGGGGCUGAUGCUGAUGCUGGCGAGGCAUUGGCGAAAUAAGUACAAAUGGCGCAAGGCCAAGUGUAAGAAGACUGUCAACGACAGCCCGAAUAGCAGCGUCAGCCGCGUCCGAGAAUUGGAAAUGAAGAUCAAUCAGGACAUGAGUAGUAAUUCAGAUGUUGAUAGUUCAGAUCAUGGCUACCAUUUAUACUAGUUAAGA